AAGCGUGGUAACGACGUCACUGUGAUGCAGUAAAUGCAUACGUGGGGUAGGUGGAUCGAGCUGCCUCAUACCUCCACAAUCUCCUAGUCUGGAUUGCUAUUAUCCACAGCGUCUCGGCGGUGGCGGCGGCUUCAUCACUUAGGGUUGCGGUGAGGCGGCCCCGACGGCUCCAUCCCAUAGGAUUGCGGUGAGGCGGGUCCGGCGGCCAUGGAGUUCUUGAUGCAGCCGGUGAACAGUAGAACGCUGAUAGAGGAAGUGAAUGACAGCGACUUCCUAAUGGAGCCUCUUCGCUAUCCCGUUCUGUCGAGGCCGGGCGAGGAGUUGCCGGCGGCGAGUGCAUCAAGUGCAGAUGCGCUCAUCUGCUCGCCGACUGCUCUGGAAACAGGAAAGGGUGCAGACCGGCCACAAGCUUCUGAAAACUCAAUAGAACAAGUUGAUCCGCAGGCUCCGGGAUGGACACGAAGGGUCCGGAUUGUAGCUGCUGCACCAGGGCGUGCCCCCAACCCAGACAGGAUGACAGCACUGGAGAAAUCGGUGCGCGUGUUUGCGGAGGCACCCGGUGACAAUGUCAUUGUGCCAAAAAUAGGGAUCAGCUUCGAUACACUUGGAGAGGCAUACGAUUUUUACAAUUUGUACUCAUGGGAGAAAGGAUUUGGUAUCAGAUAUGGGAAGAUCAGACUCAAUGUCAACAGGACAAAGUGCAUGCAAGAGAUAGUCUGCGGCUGUGCGGGUAAACCGAUCGUGGAGAAUACUCGUUCAUGCAGAUGUGAAUGUCCUGCUUUAGUUAGGCUGCUGCGGUCGAAGGAUAAUGGGUGGUAUAUAGCAGAGCACCGCGACGAGCACAACCACUCAUUGUCUCCGACAUAUGGGCAGACAUUGCACUGGCCAUCGCACAAACAUAUCGACGUCUACAGCAGAGAUUUGGUGAAGCAGCUGCGGGAAAAUAAUGUCAACUUGUCGAAAGUUUAUAGCAUCAUUGGAAGCUUUUUCGGUAAGAUGGAGAAUGUACCGUUCACAAAAAGAGCAUUGCGGAACUUGUGUGGAAAGAUUGGUCGUGACCAGGCAGAGGAUGACGUCCGGAAGACAAUGGAGGUGUUCCAAGAGCUAGGUGCGAAGGAUCAGCAAUUCACAUACAGAGUGCAAGCCGACAAGGAGGGGAGGAUUAGUACCCUCAUGUGGGCAAAUGGGAACAGCAGGCUCCAGUACACUUUCUUCGGUGACGUGGUGACAUUUGAUACAACUUACAGGACCAACUUGUAUGCACUGGCGGAGCUUCAGCCAGGCCAAAUGGGCCAUGGCCCGCCCAGCACAUAGCGAAAACAGUGAGGGGUUAAGACUAGGCUGGGCCAUGAAUGAAAAAAUAGUGGACUUUCCUUUGUACUGGCCCGCCCAGAGUCUGUACUGUAGCUCCGCCACUGCUUGUAUGACAUGCCGUUUGGGCUAUUUGUUGGGGGUGAACAACCACUUUCAGAGCAUUUUACUAGCCGGCGUGUUGGUACAGGAUGAGAAGGUGGAAACCUUUGAAUGGGUUUUCUCGGAGUUUGUGAGGAUGAUGGGUGGGAAGGCUCCACAAACAAUUCUCACAGACCAAAAUCGUGCAAUGGAGGCUGCGAUACGGAAUGUGAUGCCGAGCACAGCGCACCAGUGGUGCAAGUGGCAUGUACUCAAGAAGGCAAAGGAGUCGUUGGGUCGAUUGUACUAGAAGAAGAGUGAUUUCCAAGCAGAAUUUCACAAGGUUGUUAAUCACAUGUUGAUAGUUGACGAAUUUGAAGAGGCAUGGAAGUUCCUAAUAGAUAAAUAUAACCUGAAGUCACAUGAGUACA